AUUCGCUAUGCCCAACCGCCGGUCGGUUACUUACGAUUCCGAAAGCCUGUGGCCCCAGACCCGGAACCGGACAAAGUAUUCAAUGCUGUACAGAAACCGGACGCCUGCUACCAGGUCAUCGACACAAUGUUUCAGGUGCCGGCUAAGUCUGUCUGUGCUGUCUGUGCUUUGCCUUGCCUACUGCCCUGAAGCCUACCGUCACAAAAAAUUAGGAAGCAAAAUUAUCAGGAUGAUCACCGGUUUUGGGUCCCAACGAGUGCUUAUUGAAUUGGCUUGA